UGGAAAACUACUCUCCACUUUUGGUUCAGCUUGCAUUGCUUAUGGGAAAACGUACUCACAAGGACGUAUCAAGAUGUUCUCCGGGUUAGAAUCGUGGCCACUCGCCAAUGAAUCUUUGACUCAAUCGUUCGAUGUCAAAGAGGAAAGCAUGGAUCCUAACCAAGAAGCCCUGGAUCGUGUUUCUUCUGAAACCUACGCCGAACAAGUCGAUGUGAAGCCCGACACCAAGAAAAUCCUGACUGGCGAUCUCGAUGCGCAAAAGUCUUCGGCCGUGGACGUGGAGGUGGCACUCCUCAAGCCAAUGUGGAGCAUGGCCAUUCAGCGGGAAAAUCAAGAAGCCAGUGAAGCGCAGUUGCAAACGUUGAUCAAGGUAAAGCUCGCCGAGGUGCGCGAUUUGAUUCCUAUUCGCACGAAAGUGGAGCUCAAGUUCAAGUACGAUUGUCAAAUGCUCCGCCAAACUCUUGCCAAUUUGGAGCAGAUCUUGGCACAACUCCGGGCCAAGCAGCCCAAUGACCCGUCAGUCCGGAUUGAAGACUUUCAAGCUCAACUUGUGAUCAAGGAUUGGGAAUCCAUUCGGAUGCCCACCUUUGAGAGGGAUUAUCAAGAUGCAGCCAAAGUUUGGUACAAACCCGGUGAAGAUCCACUUAUUCAAGACUUCUCCGCCAUUAAGAACAAGUUUGCCAACUUGAUUGCCCAAUUCCAAUAUGAGCGAUCCAUCCGUGCCACCAUUGGAAUCCCCGUGAAUCAAGAUGUCGGUCUCAGUCAAGUGAAAGUCAGCGAGUCCCGGACGAUUGUGCAUCAACUCCACCCAAGCGACAGGACUGCCAAUCCACACCUACACCUAGAUUCAAUUGAGCCUUUUGCUGGAGAUUUUAGCGAUCCCGGAGUUUUGGUCAAGUUUGCCAAGUGGAAACGCUCAUGGUUCGCUCUGGUCAGACAGCUCGAGCAGCAAUCCAUAACCAAUCCGAACAUUCUUUUCAAACGGUUGAAGGAAUGUGUGAAGGGCUCAGCCUUGAGUUUGGUGUCCCAAUAUUCUCCCUCGAUGGCCAACGCCUACAAAGUCGCCCUUGAUCAUCUGACGGAGACGUAUGAAGAUCCUACUCACUUGGCCGGCUUUUGUAUUCGAAAUGGAAUCAAGCCCAAGGAUUCCGAUGUGGAGAGAAUCGAAUCAGUCCAACAAUCGUUGAGUUCUUUGCACAACAUGCGAAGUGCUUUUGAGAGCGAAAAAGUGGACUUGUUUGAUUUUUCUCUGAUUGUCGCUUUCGUGUCGGCCAUGCCUCCCCGACUACAAACCAAGUGGAACGAUUAUCAGUCCAAGCAGAAGCGGAAAUAUCUGCUAAAGCGAGAAGCUGCCCUUAAGCAAGGCCAGGACAUGCCUGUUUGGAAUGCGGGGAUGGCUGCGAAUGCCGAGACCUUCAAUGCUUGGCUCGAUUUUUCCAGUGUCAAGGCGUCAAAAAGGCAAUCGGGAACGGUGUACUCCAAUGAGGACUCGGAAUUCAAUGGCAAAAAGUGUGUGAUCUGUGGUCCCAAUAGUUCCGAUCACUGUCUGAAAAAAUGCCCGAAAGCUUUGGGAAUGACCCGCAAAACUUGGCGUGACACUUUGAGCCGUUUGUCAUUGUGUUUCAAGUGUGCCGAACCUUUUAGUGCAGGUCACCAGUGUUCCAUGAAGUGUCGGUUUUGUCGAGACAGACCAAAUGACAUGGACCACCACAUCUUGAUGUGCCCCAUGAAUAAGUUUCGGACAGUGCCCCUAGUGGAUCAAAAUGAAGGAUCGAGUAAAUACAAGUCAUGCUUCCGGAAACGGAGCACUAAAUCAUCAUGGGAGGAAACUAAGGCUGCCAAAAUGGCCAAAUUCAAGACCUCUUAACCUCGAAUCUCAUCUUGGUCUGGAUGAUUAACUUCUCCCUUGGGAGUAAUCCCGCGCUACAUUUCGCGUUGUGAUUGGAGAAUCUAUGUGAAAUAUGCUUGAUCAAUAACACGAGUGCUAAAAAUGUGCAUGCUUAUCUAUUCUUUCACAAAUGUACGAGACGAUCACGA